GCGCAUCUUCAGCCGAAUAAACUUGAACAUUGCUUACAGCCACACAUUUGAGAAACUAUAUGCUAUGAAUGAAUGGAGACGAUUUCAGACGCGAGAAAAGGAAGCAAACAGCCUUCAGAGAACUGUAUGUGGAAUGAAUUUGGACAUGGCCUCAUCUUUUCCUCUGCCGAGAAGCAACAGCACCAGAGAAACGUUAGACAACUCGAGCACUGAAUCUUCAGAUAAUGAGACAGCAGAAAAGGAGAGGUCUGUCGAGCAGAGAAGUGACGAUGGGAAUGCCGAAGAUUCCAAGAAAAAGAAACAGAGACGUCAGAGGACUCACUUCACCAGCCAGCAGCUGCAGGAGCUGGAAGCCACCUUCCAGAGGAACCGGUACCCGGACAUGAGCACCCGAGAGGAGAUCGCCGUGUGGACCAACCUCACGGAGGCCCGGGUCCGGGUUUGGUUCAAGAAUCGGAGGGCGAAAUGGAGAAAACGGGAGCGCAACCAGCAAAUGGAUUUGUGUAAGAACAGUUACCUGCCCCAGUUCAGCGGACUCAUGCAGCCCUACGAUGACGUGUACCCCGCGUACACCUACAACAACUGGACCAACAAAGGCCUGGCCACAGCCCCGCUGUCCACCAAGAACUUCACCUUCUUCAAUUCCAUGAGUCCCCUCACGUCCCAGUCCAUGUUCUCCUCCCCGACCUCCAUCUCCUCCAUGAGCAUGGCGUCCGGGAUGGGACACUCCGCCGUGCCCGGCAUGCCGACCACCGGCCUGAACAACAUCGGUAACCUGAACGGUAUCGGGAGCUCCGCGAUCAGUCCGGCCAUGAGCUCGUCCGCGUGCCCCUACGGGCCUCCGGGAUCUCCGUACAGCGUCUACAGAGACACUUGUAACUCCUUAAGACUGAAAUCCAAGCAGCACGCAUCUUUCGGAUAUAGCGGGUUACAGAGUCCCGGCUCCGGUCUGAACGCGUGCCAGUACAACAGCUGACGAGUGAACGGAACCGGGAGAAAUCCCCGUGCUGGAUUUUACAGCGGAAUAUGCGGAUUGUCUGUGUUUACCUAAACUUGCACAACCAUUUAAAUCCAUUGUUUGGAUUCCAACGUUUUGAAGACAAGUCAAACUCAUACAUUGUACAUAAAUAUAAACGUGGAACAAAAUUGGACGCAGUGCUCCAGUGGG